ACUUACGACAGAAUAACACCAUCACAGUGUUGGCUUGUAAUGAGAUAGGUCUUGGACCACCCAUUACAUCUAUUUUCGCGACUACAGCCGGAUUAAGACAAUUACUCUUAAUCAAGAGUGGGUGACUUUUGACGCCUUCACGAGCUUUAAGCACUUGCAACUUUAAAAGUAUUGAAGUAAGAAACUCCGAAUUUGGUAACGUUGCCUAAAUUGUAAUUAGGAACAACAAAGUUGUAUCGACCCUUAAAAAAAAUUAAUUUGAAUUUAACUCAUUUUUGCGAUAAACAAUGUAUAAACUUCAGACAGACAGCUCAAAAUAGGACAUACUUUUAUAACGAAAAUGGAUAGGACUCUUUGAGGAAGUCUCUGCAAAGUCAAAAAGCCUCAAGCUUAGUAAUUCUUUCUUGAAACAGUCGAACCUCUAUCAAGUGACUCCCUAUUAAGCGGCCAACCUUUAUUUGGCGGCCAGCGGCCAAUUUCUCGGAAGAAUCAGCUAUUGUCAGCUAUACACUGUAAUAGAAACCUCUGUUAAGCGGCCGCGACCAGCUUCUUGCCGUCCCAAGGGUGAUUUUGUUUUUUUGUUUAAUUUAUACCUUUGUUAAACGGCCAGGAAUAUUUGAAGUUGGACGUUUUUAGCCAGAUGAAGGUAAAAGAAUGACAAUGUGGAAUACUGUAAAACACAUUUUCAGCAGUAUUUAAUUCAAACAAUCACAAAACAGUCUCUAAACGAUUUAGUUUGUUUGUACAGCACACGAGCCAGCGUUGGGUUGACAGACACGUCGCGUCUGUACACGUAAUUGUUUCUUUGGCUUUUGUUAGCAUUAUGGACCGUAUUAUAACCAUCAUUGUUCUACUUUUUCUCCACUUCCAUUUGUUUGUACUUAUAUUUGAUAAAAUAAAAACUGACCACGCCCAACGUUGUCUUCAGGUGAACCUCUAUCAGCCAUCUUCUGUAAAACGAUGUUGUAAAAUGAGCAAGUUCUGCGCAUUUUGGAGAAAGCGAACCACAUUGGCUAAUUUUUUCGUUAUUUUUAGUUGGAUUUGAACACUGGCGUAACAUAUUUAGCUUGAGCUAGUUCAGAGACCGAUAGAUGCAUUAAACAGAUCUGAAAAAACAACUGUAAAAUUCAGAAAUUCGAAGGUAAAAUAUGAAUCUUUUUUUUUUUUACUAAACCUUGUCCUCGGGGUCGCCGUCGUUAAUGCUAAGGCUCCCUAACGUCGUGGCCAACCAAAUGGAGCUAAUACUGAGCCAUUUCUUUCAAUGUUGAGCUGACCAUAGCCCUAAUUCCGAUAGGCACGCUGAAUUGAACUAGAGAUAUGCUUGAAAUUCGUGAGUAGUACCUCGCCUUGGUGUGGACGCACCUCAUCCCUCUCCCCAGCCUCUCACGAUCGCGCUUUCUGCCGGAAAUGCCGGAGAAGACACUUGUUAUGUGCCAUGUACACCUUAGUGCCAGUAUCCUCUCUUACCGUUCCCAAAGUCUUAAUUAGCCAAUCAGAAACCGUGUUUACCGUCCUGAUAUUCUACGAUAUUAAGUCACUAACCUAAUAUGUCCAGAUUUCUCGCCGAAUUGGAGUUUCUUCAGUGUUGGUAAAACCGGCAUCAGGCGGUCUUGGUCUCGUCCUCCACCGCAAAAAAAAACAAAUAACGCCUGAUCGCAGGUUUUUUUCUGGUACGCUUAAGUCGUAAAAACAUUUCAUUCUCGUACGGAUCCCUUUUCUUAUGCUCCGACUCCCAUCGUGCGUCACUCAGCGUCUUUGUGUAUGAACCAAUAGGAAAUGAGUAGUGAGUAGUUUCGUUUGCUAUUUGUUACUGUGUGUCCUUUAUGUAAUUUGGAUCAUCCUGUUUUUGAACGGGUUUCUGCGGAUAAAAAUUAUUAGGCACGAAAUACCAUAGUACUGAUAUUCUCACCUUAGACAGUUGCGACGCUAAAAUAAAGCAUGAAAACAUAAAUUAAGGUCGACUUGAACGGGAUUCGAAUCCACGACCUCUGGGCUCCUUGAAUAAAUUGUUGUCUGUGAUUGUUAAAGUACACGGGGUUCAAGAAGGCGAAAAAACCAUUUUAUGCUAGCUUGCACUUGCGUCGCACUGUGAAACUAUCCUUUUCAACCAUUUUAAAGUGUGUAAUGGCGUACAUAUUUAUAAGUCUAAACGCUUCUUUUAAAAGCCCGCCGAGAGUUCAGAGGGUGAUAAUCGGUAUUUCGGCAUGUUCAACAUCAGGUUCAAUAUGUUCAAUAUAGGAUACUUGUCAGACCUAAAAUAAGCAUAGCAUAACCUCAAAAGAGGCCGGCAGAAGCCCUCAUAUGUGACUGAUGUCAUGUUGCAAAUUUUAGCGAAACCAAAACAACACCAUAACAAUAACCUAUUUGACUGUACAAAUAUCGAGUGUCGCUUUCUUUAUGUCUACUGGGCGUUACCUGUAAUUUCCGGGGGGAAAGGAUAGGUGAGCUGUUUGUAAACAAGGAGGGGUGGGAGACGAUAUUUUUAGUUGAUUGCGUCGGAGAACGCCACUAAAUGGCUGUACAAACGGGAGGACAAAAAAAAAUAUAGCGAUUUUUCUAGAUCAGAUUUUCCUGCGUUACGUCUUGAUCUAGAGGGCGUGCCAAAAUCUUUCCUUCGUUCAAAUAGUUAAGCGAGUCACCCUUCCGUUCGGGGAGUCCUAGCCGGCGCCCCGACCCAUUCCCCAGAGCCAUUUAAAGCACACAUACCUCACGAAGAUAACUCAUCAACUAAAUAUCAGCGAGCACUGAAGGUGACCCAGCGCUUAGAUCAGAGCACAUUCAGAAAACUGCUCCAAAAUGGUGGACUGCUACCGAGUCAUCAAGGGCAUGUGCAUCGUUCUCAACAUGAUCAUGUACACACUGCUCCUUGUAAUGAAUUACGCCUCUAACAACAGCAGUGGGAUCCUAUUUGGCAACAAGUCCAUUGGGCAGGUGGCGCGAAAAUACUUCAUAGAAUUCAACCCGGCUCCGUGGGCUUUCGACAUCUGGAAGCUGGUGAACGCUUGGACAGCCCUGUGGAUCCUUUACUCGCUCAGCCAUAUCUUCAGGAAACGUGUACCCGAUGUCCUAAGCGCGUUUUUCUUCGUGUUUUUCACGCUCGCCACCUUGUCAAACAUGGCGUGGACGCAGUUUAUGAGCUGGGAGUUUAUCAAAGUCACGACAGGCUUAAACUUUGGGAUCAUGGUGUUUCUUUACGCUUCACUCGCUUGCAGCUACUCUGGUCUGUACAAACACCGCUACUACAUCAGUCGAUUGGACUUUUGGGUCAUUCAUCUCCUCGUUAACAACGGGAUUGCCGCGUACACGACCUGGAUAACUGUGGCAGCUCUCCGGAGCCUGGCUGUAACUAUCACAUACUUUCACGGCCUAAAGCAAGAACUCGCAGUCACGAUCGCCCUGGGAAUUCUCGGCGUUUCGAUCGUGGUAUGGUUUAUUUUAGAGAACACUGUUUUUAAGGAUGACCUUCUUUACACAUGGACAAUUUAUCCAGUUUUAAUUUGGGUUUUGGCAGCCAGCGUAAUAUUCCAGUUCAAUCGCGUCAGCCGCCUAAACACUGUCAUUAUGCAAGCUCUCCUUGCAGUUUCUUGCACGUUUUUCAUCGGUCGAAUUUUCCUCGUGCUUUGGAGAAUUGUCAACAAGACAUGUGAAACUAGAGCAACAAUUGACAUAGCCAUGAGUGAAAUUCCUCAGACGUCAGAUGCAACCCGCGAGCAAAAAUAUACUGAUAAAACAGAUAACCAAGGCCUUGUAGACUAGAUUUAUUAUUGCGCGCUUAGCCAGGAAACAUAUUUACUUUCUGUUUAUAUGAUAUGGAAAUCGAUAUUGUAACUUCAGAUCUGCAACAAUGAGCACUUAAAAACAAUUUUUUUUCAUGUUAUGUCACGCAAUUUUAAGUCGUAGUGUGACUAGUGUCAUUCCACUGUCCCCAACGUGGCCUGUGUAGGACUCUGUCACGUGCUCGGCUAACGAUCUUCAAAUCAGGACAUCAAAGCGAUCCGCACAACGCAGAGAGGUUAAAUUCAGGCCCAAAUCUCUUGUGUUAAUUUUACGGUGACUCUAGCGAUACUUCCUGUAGCUGCCCCUCGUCUUGCUGGUUUACUUCAUGUAAGAAUAGAAUAAACCAUCGUUUGAAAUUUAGCUUUUUUUCACCGAUAAAUUUAUGUCAAUUUUGUUAGUGAUAGCAGCACUGUUUAGAAGUGUACUCAUAAAUGCAUAAGUGGCAAUUGACGCACGUACUGAAUUAAAUGUCAGCGGCAUAUUGAAAUAGAGCGAUCUGACUUUCUCAUCACGUAGACAUCCUAGGAUAACAGCAGGUUAAUCUGCUUAGCCUUAAAAAGAAUUGUUCUUAACGUUAUCAACUUCAAUUAACCCCUUUUCAGUCCUUUUAUUAUUGAAUAUCGUUUGAAAAAAGAUGAGGUCUGAUAAAUUCAGCAGCAAUUCGAAAACGUAAAAAUGCCAAUAUGACUGGCUACCAUGCAUGGCGUCGUGUAAAAAUACGAGACGGCCAGAGAGUGAGUAACCGUCGUAUAUGGAUUUGUAUCUUUUUACUGUGCUUUUCUCUGAGUACAGGUCUUGAAAUGGUCCGACUCUAUAUCCAAGAAAAAUCAAGGUGUUCCCCUAUUUUCUCUUGUCAUGCUUUAUUGGAAAUAAAUUUUCACCUCAUCUAUAUUUCGUAAUUUUGGCGGGAAUUUUUUCGCGGCGCUUAAUUUUUGCCAUUUAAAGUACAGGAUUUUUCAAAACCAAGUCACUUUAUUUCCGCGAUCACAUAGUACAUACUAUGUUACGAACUAAACCUGAAAAGUAUAUAUAGGAAACAAUCCCACAUGUAUUUUUUUUUUAUUUUUCAUGAUGCAUUGCAUUCAUUCUACUACUGCCCUAAAGAAGGCGUAAAGUAGUGUAACAAAAUGUACAACAGGGGACAUAAUUUAUUUGCUCAGGAGAUUGACAUUAUUUGACGCUGCCUCGUCCCAGGCGUCGUUGCGUUUCGUAGGCGAAAGGCAAAAAAUAAAGAGGGCGAUGCUUGAGGGUUAGGUUGGGCAGAAUUUGACGAUUACACAAAUGUAGCACAAGAACUGCAUGGAGCUGAGGAAAGCGACCAUGAACAAUUGCCACACAGCGUGAUCUACCCUCGGUAUAUCCACCUUGAUCUACUGAUGUUACACUGAACAUUAAUUUGCGUGCAUACGUGUUUUAGCGACGUCUAUUUAUUUUUUUAACAACACAAAACAACACUAAAAACGCAGAAAUUCAUGACAUGGAGAAAAUUUCAUGUAAUAAUCUAGCCCAUGCUAGUGGCUUUGCGCGCCUUUGCAGCUGCUUAUCUCAGUGAGGUGGUGGGAGACAUUCCAGUGGAGUGACAAUAAAGCUGGGAAAAAAACGCAGAACUGACUUUCUUAAAGGCAGGAAUGUUUGUCUUCCUUGUGUUACUGACGACUGUUCACGGUAUUCGAAAUUAAAGUUGGUUCAAGUAAUACAGUCGAACCUCCUAUAAGCGACCACCCAAAACGUCAAGCCUAGGUAGUCGCUUACGGGCGGUGGUCGCUUCCGAGAGAUUAGACCAUAUUGGGUCAAAAUUUUGCCUCAUUAGCAUAUGGUAACUGCAGGGACUUUUGAAUGUUUCAUUCAUUUAGAAGUCAAUCCGGUACUUUCCGUCUGUUGUUAUGCGAUGUUAUAACACCUUAUUAUCCAAUUUCCGCUCUAUUAUCUGUCAAGUGGUCGCUUAC